CUACCUCGCUUAUCUUGAAGCCUUAGUCAACAUAUAUAGUUUAACACGCAGUUAGUGUUCCAGCACCAGACAAUACACAAGGCAAGGUCAGAGCCCCACAACAGUUGGCAUGCUCCUCCUUCUUCUCUGUCUCUCCAUCAGCGUGACGCUCAGUGCGUCGUGUGAGAAGGGCUUUGUUCAGUAUGGUAGUUCCUGCUACAUCGUCCUCCCGGAGACCGGCACUUGGCUCACUGCAAUGGAGUACUGCAAGGCGUUCGGCAUGAGUCUGACCAUUGUCCAAAGUCCAGACGAGUACAAGUUCCUCAAGGACUACCUCUACACCCACAGAGGCAGCUACACCCAUGCUCCCGAUUUCUGGACAGCGGGCUCCCACAUGAUGUCGACUGAGUGGGCGUGGGCAGGGACGGAUGAGGAGAUUGAGACGUUCUUCUGGGGCCCGGGGGAACCCAAUAACUCGGGGGCCAUUGAACGCUGUCUGUCCUUCUAUGCACGGAAAAACUUCACAUGGAACGACGAACACUGCACGUACCCUGGGUACCCUUUGUGUGAGAAACCACUUCAAUUCCUCAACCCUGGAAAGUGAACUUUCGUUCUGUACCUUAUGAAAUAAAAGUGGUUUUCAAAACUAAA